UUCUAAAGAAAAUAAAAUAAUCCGAGAAUGCGAGCUGCAGAUUGUCGAGCAGCAGGAUGAGAAUCAAAAAUGGAGCUGCGAGAGAAGAACGAAAGAUGAAGGAAAUGGGAUACGAUAUUUCGGAGAAGGAUAACAGGAUACAGAGAUACGAGCAGCAGAUCGUCGAGCAACACAAGCUUUUGAAAAUGGAGAAAGAAAUGGCCGAGUUGGAAAAGGAAUUGUACACGGUAGAAGACAUCGAUGUAUUAAGGAAGCGUCAGGAUAAAAACGAGAGAGUGGAAGAGCUGGAGAUGGAGGUCAAUUCUUUGGAGACUUCGCUCGGCGAGAGGAUCGACGUCGCGAUCGAAGAACUGAUUGCCGUUCUGAAAGAGAAGGAGGAGAUAGAAGUUCGACUGAAGGACGAUCUCGAGGACAAAGAGCGCAAGACAGAGGAGUUGGACGCGGCUCUUCGCCAGAGCAUCGCAAUUACGGACGAGACUGAGAGGAAAUUCAAACACGAGAAGAAGCUUAGGAAAGAGGCAGAUCAAAGAGUCGACGAUUUGGAGAAGAAGAUUGCUGUUAUGCAUGCUGCCUCGGCCAUGAAAUGCAUCACGUGUAAACCGCUCCUUUACAAGAUAUUCACAACCGAAGAGAAACUUCUACAGUCGAAUCAAGAAAAGACCGGUCAACUGCAAGAGCUACAUCAGACAAAGCGCGAAGCUUUAAAACUUGCCCUUUCUGAGAAGGACGCUCAUUUAGCUCUGCUGGAACAUUCAGGUAUUAAGACUCCGUCGCAAGCGAAUCAGGCGGAGAAACUAAAAGCUGAUAAGAAGAUACUACUCGAUAGAUUAAGGAAAGAGGAUGAAAAAAGUAUCAAUUUGGAAACAAUACCGCAAUUAAUUGAGAAAAUACCUGACAACAAUGAUAACAAUAAUAGUAAUUCCUUUGACGAUCAUCCUAGCAAAAUCAAUUCACCCAGAUCAGCUAUUAUGAAUGGCCACAGCUCACCGAUAUCAGUACCUACUACAAGUUGCGAGCAAUCAACGAAGGCGUCGAUGGUGCUUGACAUGACAGACGGGAAAGAUCAGUCGCCUACUCAGGAUCAACAGGAUGCCAGAUAAGUACUCGAGGCCUCUUCUACGGUAUUUCCAAGUAUCGGUCUCUUCGUUACCUCGAUGUUGUCAUACGCACACGCAUUCGCGAAAGUAGAGACAGUCUAUAGAGCAUCUUUAGAAAACAUAGCGGAAAAGAAACCGAAACGAACAACAACUACACACCCUUCAACAGCAAAACUACAAUAUACCAUCUAAAUAACAACUACAGCAACAGUCAACACGCCUGCCUGUAUAUUGCAUCAUUACUCAUCAUGAAUCUAUUCUUAUCAUCAUCAUCGUCUCAUCAUCGUCAUCUUCUUUGUCAUAAUUCAUCAUUAAUCGACAUAUCAUCAUCCAUGUGGCACAUCGUCCUUGAAGGAGUUGGCAAGAUCAAGAAGUCAGAAGCUUCUUCACAAACUGUUGGUAAUUAAAAUUAAUAACAUUCAAUGAUUUACAAUGGAUAAAAUACGAUAAUAACAGAUGACGUACGAUGAUUUUGGAUGGAUUUGCUCGAAGAUGUGUUAUAAGCGUUAUCUUCUCCCUCUUCAACAGCUUCAGCGAUGUCUAGAUCGUCGUAGACGUCAUAAUUUAUUAUUGUUGCAAUAAUGUAUUAAAACAUACGUAUUUGUGCGACUUGUUGUUUAUUAUAUAAUUCUUUGCAGCGUAACGUAUAAUAUCGUUAAAAAUUGACGAUUUGUUAGAAGAGUUUGUUUCAUAUUUAUUUCUCCGCUAUUCUUUUAUAAUUCUAAGUAGAUAUAUAAUUGAAUUAGGACGCUGCAAAGAAAUAGAUUAGAUUGACGAUUGAAAGAAACAAUAAAAAUUCGCAUAAAUUACGAUUCAAUUUUUUUGAUUUUGAUAUUUAAAGUAUUCAAAUAUUUAUUAGAUACAUAAGAAGGUUAAAAAUUGUGAAACAGAUAUAUGAGUUUAUAUAUCUAUCGGCAUUUGUUGGUAAAUAAAAUUACAUUUUUUCUUUAA